AAAGAGGUUCAUGAGAUUCUCUUGACGGCAGACGAAGUGCAACUCGAAGAAUUAAUCAAACACGAUAAUGGGAACAUGGACUAUGUCGAACUUAUUCUGUUCCACCGAGUACAUAUCAAUAUUGUUCAGAGGGACGAUCCAGCAAUUCUCUUCAAGACGGGUGAUUAUCUUCCAAUCGACAUCUUGACAUCUGUUCUCGAACCAACGAUUUACAACAAUCCCAACCUUUGUGAUCUAUUCGAGAUCAACGUGUUUCCAGGUGAUGAGAUUAGUAUCGAUACCGAAGCUGCAGGGCAGAUCGUACUACCAGUGCUCGUUUUAGGACCUUGUUUCCGGAUUCACACCACACCAAAGACAUUCCAUGAACUCUGCAAUGCGUAUGCUAAAGGUCCAACAAUAGUAAUCAUCAAACCAGCCCCAUUCCAUAAUCCCCAUAGGUUAUUCAAACUGACAAAUGAGAAACAAGGAAUGGCCAUAGCACGCUGCGGGCCUGAUUUCAGAAUGAGUGGUUUGUGUUUGCAUGGCCAUUUUAGGCAUGAAUCGUGUUGUUAUUGCCGACCCGAAAGUUAUGUAUCAAUAUUUUUGAACGUGGAGACGUUUAGUGUGAAGAGGAAAAGUACGAAAUGUUGGGAGUCUAAUCGAGAGACUAACCGAGAUAGUAGACAGUAG